AUGGCCUCCACCGUCGUAUUCAUCCCCAUACUCGCGAUCAUCAUACUCGCCGUGGCCGAGACGCAGCCACCUUCUUCUUCUCCACCGGCUCCGACUUGCGCGGAGGAGCUGGUUAUGUUCUCUCCAUGCAUCCCUUACGUCUCUGCUCCGCCGAACAACGUGUCAGCGACGGCGGAUCCUCUUUGCUGCUCUGUUUUCUCCGCUUCAGUUCACUCCACCGCCGGGAACUGCCUCUGUUAUCUUCUCCGCCAGCCGAUGAUCCUCGGAUUCCCGUUGGAUCGAUCUAGGUUGCUUUCUCUUUCUCAGAUCUGUACCGAAUUCAAGAGUUCCGACGAGUCUUUCGAGUCUCUUUGCUCGCCGUCAGUGUCGCCUGAGCUACCGCCGCUUCAGAGUAUUCAGUUCACGUCUCCGUUUGAUUACGGUGAUAGAGACUCUGCCUCUCCUCAAUCGCUUGGCUUACCACCGGAAACCUCUAGGAUUUCACCAAGCUCCGAUCAGUUCUCGCCGGAUAUAGAUAACGUCUCACCACCACAACUCAUCAUAAACGGCUCUCAGAAAAUCAGUAACGUGUUGUUUCUCUCAACAAUCAUCAUCAUGACUUUGGCCACUUCUAUCCUCACUCGCAUCUGA